AGCAUAUUCUAUUGCGAGUGCUUUAACCAUACUGGCAUGCUGUGAAUUGUGAUAUAUAAGUAUAAUACAUACCAUAGCAGAAGUAAAGUAAACGCGUGAUGAAUAAAAUUAGAAUGUAGCGUUAUUUUUAUUACACAUAUAUAUGACAAGACGUAAAAUAAAAAAUCAAAUAAAACUCAGUAACGCAAUGGAAAAUUGAUUAUUAUUAAACCAAUUGCUAUACACAACAUGGUAAUUCAAUAAAAUAAAUUAAUAAUAUGUUCCAUUUUUUCAAUGACGAUUUCUAGUUUGCGAAAGCAUUACAAUGGGGCCAGCCCUUUGUACAGAAAAUAAUGAAACAACACCUUCAUACCUCGAAAUGUGUAUAUUUGUUUUAUGAAUCUCCUGAUAAAGAUGGAUUUUGGAAGAAACCAGAAGAACAAAAAAAUUUUGAAUCAUUAACUUUCAAACAAAAAGUAGGUUAUGAAUUUAAAUUGUGGAAAAGUGCUAUGCAACAGGCAAUGAUCAAUUUUAAAGAUCAGAUGGUUACUGGACCAAGACUUAUAUUACAUGAACAUCAAUUAGAACCUGUUUGGAGAUUUACUGGAAAUCCUGAAGAAUUAAAGAAAUGGAUUGUCUCUACAGAUAGUGAUCAUAGUAUUGGACACUCAACAGCAGAACUAUGUUUCACUCAAUAUUCAAAAGGAUUAUUCCAUGGAUUUCUGGAUACUAGACUACCAUCUGAUGGAAGAAUAAAGAAUACAGGGUUUUGCAAUGCAAAACUGUUACCAAGCCUCUCUCCUUUCUGUAAUAGAAAACAGUAUAAUUGGGAUUUAUAUACACACUUAGUUUUUCAUAUAAGGGGUGAUGGACGAGUUUAUUCAGUAAAUUUACAUUCCCAAAGACACUCUGACAUAACGCAGUAUGAUACAUGGCAUUAUUUCAUUUGGACAAGAGGAGGUCCUUAUUGGCAAUAUGUGAGAAUACCCUUUUCAAAAUUUUUCUUUGCCUACAAAGGGAGAGUACAGAUAAAGAACGAAAAUGUUUCAUUAAAUGAAAUAGGAUCUAUUAGUUUCACUAUUGCUGAUAAAAUUAGUGGACCUUUCCAUUUAGAAAUUGAUUAUAUCGCUGUAGAAUAUGAUCCAUCUCACAUUGAAGAAACUGCUUAUGAACAUUACUACUUUGAUCAGAUGUUUCAUUAG